CAACUUCCAAAUUCUCUACGGCCACCUUCUCCAUUCAAGAUUCUUCAACAACGUUAAGUUUUUCUAGUAAUAAUUUGCUGAAUUCAGCACGAAACCCAUUAAUAAGGAACAGUCGAAUUCGUGCAUUCCCUCUGAUACCCGUCUCCCAAUGUCUUCAUUUGGUUUCCGCCCUUUGUCCUUCAUAUCGCAUUCUGUUCACUUGUGAUGUUUUGUUUUUUAUUUUUAUGAGUAAUGUGUAGAAGAGUGUGAGAAAUCUUUCCCGUAGUUUGAAGAAAGGAAAAAAAAAUUGAUGGAUGGUCUCAGUUUAGAUGUAGGCGGAGAGGCAGCUGGUGGGAGUGAGCAUGGAAAUUCUAAGGCAGUCUCACAUGUCCAUUCCAAACACAGGCGCUCUAAAAGUGCAACUGAUAGGAACUUGGAUAAAUCAAGCGGUGGAGUUUCACGGUCAAUCCAGUGUGGCUACAAUGAAUCACAUCAGGAAUUGCCACAUUUAUUGCCACGUUCAGAAAGGACUUGCAGAGAGCGAAGCCCCCUUCAUGAGUAUUCCAUCAGCACUAAUACUGAUACUGAAUCAAGCCAUCGAGCCUCUUUGGAAAAAGAUAUUGAGAAGCUGCAACUACGUUUACAGCAAGAGAAAUGUAUGCGGAUGAUGCUUGAGAGGGCAAUGGGUCGUGCUUCUAGUACUUUAUCGCCUGGACACAGGCAUUUUUCCUCCCAGACCAAAGAAUUAAUAGCGGAGAUCGAGCUUCUGGAGGAAGAGGUUGUAAAUCGCGAGCAGCAUGUUCUCUCUCUUUAUAGAAGCAUAUUUGAACAAUGUGUUAGUCGGCCUCCUUCGGAGCAGAGCUCUGUCAUGGCUUCACCAGCCCACACAAAGAAUGAAUCAAGGAAACACCCAACUAUAAUUUCAAGUGCUUUUUGUUCGUCAAAGAAGUUCCCUCUUGGACCAUUCCAUGCUCUGGUUUGUAUAAAUGACUCAGGGAAAAGAACCUUACCGUUGCAGUCUAAGACAAGACGUGCUUCAUUGCUUAGUGGCAAGGACAACCACCACAUUGGGAAGACUCGGUCAAACCACUGUAAGGUCCAAGAAAUUCUACCAGCUAUGGAGAAAACAUCUACACUGCGAACUCUGAAAGAUCAUCUCUACCAGUGCCCAACUAAAUUGUCUGAGGAAAUGGUCAGGUGUAUGGCUGCCGUCUACUGCUGGCUUCGUAAUUCAGCUUCUUCGAAUAUAGACCAAAACCGGUCACCUUUACUCUCAAGGUCAUCCACAAACGUUGUUCUCCCUCGACGAGUUGUCAGUGAGGAGAGGGACAAGUCUUGCAAAUCUGUGAUUGAAAUAUCUUCUAUAUCAACCGACAAGAACCACUUCUCUCGUGCAUCUUACGCCAUCAACAACUACCGGUUUCUUGUGGAACAACUGGAAAGAGUUAGUGUGACUCAGAUGGAAACCGAUGCCAAGAUUGCAUUUUGGAUCAACACAUACAAUUCUCUCGUUAUGCAUGCAUAUUUAGCAUAUGGUAUACCCCACAGCUCUCUGAAGAGGUUAGCCUUGUUUCAAAAGGCUGCUUACAAAAUCAAUGGCCACAUCGUAAGCGCAAGUGCCAUAGAACAGGCAAUAUUCUGCUUCCAUGCACCUCGAGUUGGACGGUGGUUUGAGAUCAUUCUGGCAACUGCCAUGAGGAAAAGAUUUGGAGAAGAAAAACAACUCAUCAGCUCAAAAUUUGGUCUUCGAAAUUCCCCAUCCCUUGUUUACUUCGCUCUUUGUACUGGAGCUUUUUCUGACCCUGUGCUAAGAGUCUACACAGCGUCAAAUGUUCAAGAGGAACUGGAAGUAGCGAAAAGGGAGUUUCUUCUAGCAAACGUUGUUGUUAAGAAGUCAAAGAAAGUGUUUCUGCCGAAGGUUCUCGAAAGAUUUGCGAAGGAAGCCUCUAUAAGCUCAGAUGAUCUUAUCACCUGGGUUGCUGAAAAUGUUGAUAAGAAGCUUCGUGAGUCAGUACAGAACUGUAUCGAUCGCAAAACCAGUAAAAAGGCAUCUCAGGUGGUAGAGUGGUUACCUUAUGAUUCAAAGUUCAGGUAUGUGUUUUCCAAGGGUUUAACGGAGAAGCCCUGGUGGGUUUGACAUCCUUUAUGGAUUGGGAGGAAACAUACUUGCCAGGAGCCCUCAUCUUUGCUUGGCUAAAUGAGGAUGGAAAAUGAGUCCAUGCUUCCAAAAUGCAAGCAAUCUUACUCCGUAUACAUUUGACUGUUUAGGUCUUGCUGAUUUCAGGCGUAUCUUUGCGGUUCUCUGAUCCGAAGUUAGUUUCGAUGAUAUGUUGUAAGUUGUUAACUUAAUUGAUAUGUUCUCCUGUGAUGGGCUUUAGUCAAAUCGACUACUUCAGACAACAGUUGGUCGGGUGGUUGAUUUCCUCUGUAAAUUCGCAUUAGGGAAUCGAUAAUGACGCAAUAAAAUCACCUUUGUGAUUUGGAUUCA